AAACUAUUCAGCUGUCACUAGUCACCGCUCCAGUUGACCGCGAGCGCUCCAUCGUAGCGACACUAUGCAAUUAAAGAUUUUAUUUCUUACAGUUUUUUCUGUAGCUGCACUAUCGUCGGCAAAUAAAGAUGUAAUAGAGUCGGCAAUAGUGAUCGACAACGAUGCAGGAGCUGAUGACGCUAUGGCGAUAUUUCUGGCUGCUCUUUACGAGAAACAUUUUAAUGGACCUAAGCUGAUUGGAUUAACGACAGUCAACGGCAAUACAAAUGAAGACAAUGUCUGCACAAACAACCAGAGAAUAUUACAAGUGGCCAAGCGGCAGGAUAUACCAAUAUACCGAGGUUCUAAAGAAUCGUUGGUAAACACGCCACAUGCGGGUGCAUAUUUCGGAGAAGAUGGUCUAGGAGACACCGGCGAAGUCUUAAGGAAUCUGGUGCCACCUCGGAGAGAAGCAGCUGUGAAUAAACUCAUUGACCUGUCCAAGAAACACAAAGGAAAACUAACCGUCAUAGGUUUGGCGUCUUUAACGAAUAUCGCGCUGGCUAUACAGCUGGAUCCAAAUUUCUUGGGCAGGAUAAAACAUUUAUAUGUCGGCGGUGGACAUAUACAUAGCGAAGAGUUCCCGGAAGCGGAGUUUAACGCACACAUGGACGUAGAGGCGUAUCACAUAAUAGCCAAGCACGCUACACCCGAAAAAGUGACCAUGUUACCCUUUUCGCAAGUUAUGUUGCACUUGAAUUUAAGCAGACAAUGGAGAGAGGAAGUACUAGGGGUGAUAGAUUCCGACAUAAUAAGAGCGCAAAACUCGUACGAGAGGAUCACCCUGCCCCAAAGUGACAGGUGGCAGCAAUUGGACCCGGCCGUUGUGGCGCUGUGUGUGAAACCCGACCUGGUCAGCGAGUACAGAUAUUCGAAGAACGAUAUUAUUUUAUGCGGUGAUAAGCGAGGGAUGAACACAAAUUCGUUUGUCGAGAAAGAAGACGCCAAUGUGAGAGUGAUAUAUUCAAUAAAAAUGGAAGAGUAUAAGCAGUUCCUUUUAGAUGUAUUUAGCGCUACAGAAUAAUAAACAAAUUUUAUCCAAUUUUUCAAUCAAAUCUUA